UUCAUAGAAAGAUGGCGGCAUCUAUGACGAUUUGUUCGAAUUGAAAGGGAAAAAAAUAAUUAACAUACUGUUUAUAUAAACUAUGAUUGCUAACCUAUAUUAUAUGAUUGAAAAUAUUUAUUACAAUUGUUUUACUACGUAGUAUAAGUUCGUUUUGUUUACUCAUGUGAAUGAUGUAUUACACUUUGGAAGUAUAACAAAAAAUAUGUGAUAAGAGUUUUUUGAAAUAUGUUUAUAAAUAAUAAUUAUUAUUGAUAUAAAAAUAUGAUAUCUGCAUAUUAAUAAAAAUGACAGUAAACACAGAAUCUGUGAUAUAUCUUGUCCUUGUAGCAUUUUUAUGGGGCAUAACUAAUCCAUUAAUAAAGAAAGGUGCAAGUGGUUUAGAAAAUGUAGAAGCAAAAACCAGCUAUGGUCAAUUUUUUAAGGAACUUUAUUUUCUUUUUACCAAUGCAAAGUACAUGACACCAUUUUUGUUCAAUCAAAUUGGAUCUUUGCUGUAUUACUUGGCUUUGCAAGGUGCUGAUAUAUCUUUGGCAGUUCCAGUUUCUAAUUCUCUUACCUUUGUGAUUACCGCUGUGACAGGUUGGAUCUUAGGAGAAAAGAGAGCAGAGAGAAACACAUAUAUUGGAAUGAUAUUGAUACUGAUGGGAACUACUUUAUGUUGUUGGGAUAAAUUAUAUACAUUGGAAUAAUUUUCUUUUUAAUUGUAUGAUAAAGGAAUGCACGAUAUGUUAUAGAGAAUAUUUCUUUAACCGGUGGAUCAGAGAGACAACAAAACAAAUCUGAUUCUCUAUUUUUUUUUUUUUGUUUUUUUUUUACGAACAAAGCUUAUCAGUUAGUAAACAUUUAUGAUUUACACAAUAUUAUAUGAGAGUCAAAAUAUAUACAUAUAUAUGUAUAAUAUAUUAUUAUCAUACCAUUGCAAUUUAUAAAACACUCCAUUGUUUGUUAUAUCGUUUUGAAAUUCUUUGAAAUUAUUGUUCGUUUAUUUCAAAUUGUUAUUCAUGUUACAAAAUAUAACUUGUUGCCAGAGUUCUA